GGAUGGAUGGAUGGUCAUUAAUUUAAAGAUAAUGUUAUGCCUGUUUUCCAACCAGUGUUUCUAAAAGUAUCUCUUCUUUACUUUUCUCAUAAUAAAUAACCCGAGUGGAGUUAUUUUCCUAGAAUAAAAUGCAUGUUGUUGUGUCCCCCUGGAUGGUCUCUUCCUCCAGGCAGCUGCUGCAGCAUCGGUGGAGCAACUUCUUUAAGUAAAACCGAGUCCCUGAUGCAAAGCAGCUGAAUGAACUAUUCAGGUUAAUCAAUUAUUAUGGGUUGGGUGAACUUAAAAUCAUCAUGGUAUUAAAAAUGAAAAGACUGUGUAAAGCAUCACCUGUAAUUUAAGGAGAUAUCAUCACAUCAAGUUUAAUUACAACAUGCUCAGAUUUGCUCUAGAACAUAAUUAUUUGGAGGUAAUACGUUUGUAUAUUUCAUUUUAGAAAAGCCAACUAGUUGGUUUUUAUAGUGUAUAAGUUGGCAUAAGGGAGCUGCCCAGUAAAACCAGUGACCAGCAGCUCUGGGUCAGCUGUUUUUUUUUUUUUUUUUUUUUUUGUUUUGUUUUUUUAUGUGGUUGAUGGGAGCCCUUGCGUAUGCCCAGCCAGCAGGUGGCAGUACCGUCCGUCCGCGUCCAGCGUGUCGCUUUACUGUCGGCGGUGAAGCAGAAGAAGGCAGCAGCCAGCGGAGACAGCUGUGGGAGGCUGGUUGGGACAUCUGAUCUGCUCAUAAUUCAGUUCCAGUCACAGCAAACAGGGACGAUGUCCAGCAGGAGGAGAGUGGUAGUGACAGGGUUUGAGCCCUUUGGAGAGCAUACGGUGAACUCCAGCUGGGUGGCUGCUCAGGAACUGGAGCGAGUAGGUCUGGGUGAAGCUGUAGAUCUUUAUGUGUGUGAGGUGCCAGUUGAAUACCAGGCCGUCCAGAAACUUUUGCCAUCCCUGUGGAAAGAGCACCAGCCUGAGCUAGUUGUCCAUGUUGGUGUUUCUGGGUUAGCCACCACAGUCACUCUGGAGCAGUGUGGACAUAACAAGGGCUACAAACGUCUGGACAACUCCAGCUUCUGUCCAGCUUCUCAGUGCUGCAUGGAGGACGGCCCAGACUGCAUCAAAUCAGUCCUAGACAUGGACGCAGUCUGCAGAAGGGUUAAUGACUCCAACAUUGGGAUCGCUGUGUCCGUAUCUAAGGAUGCUGGAAGGUAUCUCUGUGAUUACACCUACUACACGUCUCUAUACCUGGGGCAGGGUCGCUCCGCCUUCAUCCACGUGCCCCCGUUAGGGCAACCCUACAGCAGCCAGGACCUCGGCAGAGGCCUUCAAGCUGUCGUACAGGAGAUGCUGAAGCUGCUGGAGGACAACAAGGACAAUGAGCCUUGCAAUCAUGCCCAUCAACACUAAUGACUGACUACUCUCCAAGUCUAGUAACCAAAACUGAGCCACUGUCUUAUGGUCUAAUCCACAUAACAUCUGAGGCUAGGAACUUCAGUUUGAUUUGUGAUGUGACUCAUCCGACCAACUGUGAAGGCCAUGGUGACUUACUGCAGAGGGUUAACUCCUAAUUUCCUGACACAGUUUUUUUAAUGACCUCUUUGAAAUGUGACUGGUGCUUUACAGAAGCUGGAGACUGAUUUGUGUUGUUCACGUUAAUCCCCUGACAGCAGCAUCUGUUUAACGUCUUAUGUGGGAAGUGUGACUUUUUAUGUAUGAUGUGCCGGUGAGUGUUAAAGUCCGUCUCUAAUUUUCCACUGAACAGCAACAUUUACAGUUACUGAUGUGCCAUGCCCGGUAAAAAGGGGUUUCGUGAGAGUUGGAUAACUAUAUGAGCUUUAUAUGUGGCACAAUGUAAACACCUAACAACAUGUUUCUAGACGAACUUCCUUUUCAGCUACUUGUGAUUCCAUCCUAUAAUCCUAAAUUACGCCAUCAUCACCUUGCGUUGCUUGUAUUUGCACUGGAGAAAUGUAACAUUCUUUAAAUAUGAGAAUAUGGGGGAAAUUUUUAAGUUUCUUUAUCUCAGGAAACAUUGCAUAUGCAAUCAGUAUGAAGUAAUCUGAAUAUUUUGAUUUGUGUUUAAUGUGUAGGUUAGCAGUAUGUAUGAUUACAGA